UUUUACGGAAAAAAAGAAAAAAUCAGCUUGUAUUGUAUGUAAUGAAUAUUUUUCUUCAAAUAAAAAGAUAAUGUAUAUUUUGAGCAUCUUCCCUUGAAUUUAUAUCAAAAAACGAAACUCAAGAGUAGCACUAGCAGCAAUAAACAUGGUGAUGAGUGUUCAAUUUCAACUAUCAUCGUCACCAUCAUCAUCACGCUUAUGGCUUCCAAAUUCUCCAUCUCCACCAAUUUCAAUUUCUCCACAAUUUAUUCCCACCCGCUGUAGCAGGUUCUCCACUUCACCUCUCGCUGCUACACCAACCCUCCAAUCUCAGUAUCCCACCAUUCAGAUAAUUGGCAACAACACAUUUGAUGGUUCCGAAGGAGGGACCGGGACCGAUCUUUGGACUGGUCUUGACACUGAUCUUUAUCACUGGACAAAGGUUUUACGACCUGUGCAGUGGUUUCCUGGGCAUAUUGCAAAAGCAGAAAAGGAACUGAAGGAACAGCUUAAGUUGAUGGAUGUUGUUAUAGAGGUACGAGACGGGCGAAUUCCGUUGUCCACAAGCCAUCCACAGAUGGAUCUAUGGCUUGGUAAUAAAAAGAGAAUUUUGGUUUUAAAUAGAGAAGACAUGAUAUCAACUGCAGAUCGAAAUGCUUGGGCAGAGUAUUUUACUAGGCAUGGAACAAAGGUUGUCUUCUCCAAUGGGCAGCUUGGAAUGGGCACAUUGAAGCUAUGCCGGUUAGCAAAGGAAUUAGCAGCUGAUGUAAAUGUUAAACGGAGAGCCAAAGGUCUACUUCCUCGUCCGGUUCGAGCUGGAAUAGUUGGAUACCCUAAUGUGGGAAAAUCAUCUCUGAUCAACCGUUUGUUAAAGAGAAGAAUGUGCCCAGCAGCUCCAAGGCCAGGAGUUACAAGAGACUUGAGGUGGGUUCGAUUUGGGAAAGAUCUUGAGUUGCUGGAUUCUCCUGGGAUACUUCCAAUGCGAAUCAGUGACCAGUCAGCAGCUAUAAAACUUGCCAUAUGUGAUGACAUUGGAGAGAGGUCUUAUGAUGUGGCUGAUGUUGCUGCAAUUCUUGUUCAGAUGCUUACAAAGCUUCCAGCAGUAGGUCGAGAUGCCCUUUGUAAACGAUACAAGUUUCGUGUAGACAGUGAAUGUGGUAAAAUAUUCAUAGAGAAACUUGCGCUUCAUUUGUUCAAUGGAGAUGUUCAUCAAGCAGCAUACCGUGUCUUGUCAGAUUUUAGAAAAGGUAGGUUUGGUUGGACUUCAUUGGAGAGGCCUCCUAGGUGAAGUCAGAUGUUUGCCAAGAAGCAAGACUCUGAAGCUUGAGCUGAAAAUUACGCUAGAGAAAUCCAGGUGCAGACUACAGAACUCAAUCCUGCAUGCUGAUAUACUACGACUGUGAAUGGUGUCACGAACUUUUUAUGAAGAUUUGAGGCACACUAAACAAAUUAUUUGAAGCAAUAGAUGCUUCUUGUUAUUACCAUGUAAUUAUUUUUUGGUCUGAUGUAACACGUUGUGUCUGUAUACAAGUGUUGUACCAUAGGAUUUUGUAUGCAUCAUACCAACAUUAUUAUCAUACUAACAUUAUUAUAGUGUGAUGAUGAAUUGAAUGGAACCAGCAUGAUGCAUCUCAACAA